AUGAAGGCCCUGGUAUUCCUGGCUUUGCUCGGAGCAGCGUUUGCUGCAGCUGAGGACGAUAGGAUUGUUGGAGGGUAUGAGUGUCCCAGACACUCUGUUCCCUACCAGGUGUCCCUGAACGCCGGAUACCACUUCUGUGGCGGAUCCCUCAUCUCCAGCCAGUGGGUGGUGUCUGCUGCUCACUGCUACAAGUCUCGUAUCCAGGUCCGUCUUGGUGAGCACAACAUCGCUGUGAACGAGGGCACCGAGCAGUGGAUUGAUGGCGCCAAGAUGAUCAAGCACCCGCAGUACAACAGCUACAACCUGGACAACGACAUCAUGCUGAUCAAACUGAGCCGGCCCGCCACCCUCAACAGCUAUGUCCAGACCGUGGCCCUUCCCUCUCGCUGCCCUGUGGCCGAUGAGAACUGCCUGGUGUCCGGGUGGGGAAACAUGUCUGCCAAUGGGAGCAACUUUCCCGACAGGCUGCAGUGCCUGAGGCAGCCCAUCAUCGAUGACAGGAUCUGCAGGAACGCCUACCCCCACCUCUUCACCGAGAACAUGGUUUGCUCCGGAUUUAUGCACGGAGGUGCCAGCAGCUGCCAAGGAGACUCUGGUGGUCCUCUGGUGUGUAAUGGUCAGCUGCAGGGAGUCGUGUCCUGGGGUUAUGAUUGCGCCAUGAAAGGACACCCCAGUGUCUAUGCCCGUGUGUGCCGCUACAACAGCUGGAUCAGCACUGUCAUGCGCAACAACUAAAUACACACGGUCGCCCAUACAUCCACAUGCAAGCGGACACUACAACACCAUACUCAGUACUCAUACACAGUUUAUUUAGAAUUCCUUAUGUAUUAU